AUGGGCAACGAGCAAGAUCCUGAAUUCGUAACGAGCUGGAACUCAUAUGAACGUCCCGGCAACAGCCUCUUCAAGCCCUGUCAUACUCGACAUCAGCUCGAUAGAUACUCACAAGAUGGCAUCCAACCAGCAACCGGUGUUCGACGAGCCCACCCAGGCGAGUCCCGCUCGUCCUCAGCCGCAACAAUAUUCGCGACCAAAUAUCUGAUCGCUCGGGCUUGUAUUCAUGUUCGGCAAAAACAGCGAGAGCUCGCUACCUUCCUGGAGCAGGAGCAGGCAAAGGCCAAGAUGCAAUCUUCCAUCCACGAUCUGACUGAUCGAUGUUGGAACACCUGCAUCACCGGUUCGAUCGGGUCGAAAUUCAGCCGAGGAGAAGCUUCGUGUCUCGAAAACUGUGUGGACAGGUUCCUCGAUUCGUCGCUAUUCAUCGUCAAGCAGAUCGAGCAGCAGAAGGGGGGCAUGCACUAG